AUGUUUUCCCAGACUCAUUGCUAUUUUCUUUCUCCAUUUCCCCCUGUGCAGCAGCGGCCCCUGAAGCAGUCCCUCAGUAAGUCCCUAUGCAGGGAUAGCCACUGGAAAUGCCUGCUCCUGUCCCUACUCAUGUACGGCUGUGUGGGGGCCAUGACCUGGUGCCACGUGACCAAGGUGACACGGCUUUCCUUCGACAGUGCCUACAAGGUCAAGUCAAUGAUGUACCACGAAAGCCCCUGCUCCAACGGAUACAUCUACAUUCCUGUGGCCUUCAUGGUCAUGCUAUACGUGGUCUACCUGGUGGAGUGCUGGCACUGCUGCACCCACAACGCACUGCUGUACAAGGUGGACGUGGAGAGUGUGGGCGAGCGCAUUGGGUGCAUGCAGCAGGCCACACCCUGCAUCUGGUGGAAGGCCAUCAGCUACCAUUAUGUGCGGCGCACGCGGCAAGUGACGCGCUACCGUAACGGAGACGCCUACACCACCACGCAAGUGUAUCACCAGCGUGUCAACACGUACGUGGCUGAGGCGGAGUUUAACUACGGCAACUGCGGCGUGAACGACAUCUCCAAGCAGCUGCAGGGCCUGGACAGCUUCCCCGUCACCAAGCUGAGGUUCACCAAGUGCUUUAGCUUUGCCAAUGUGGAGUCGGAGAACUCCUACCUAACCCAGCGGGCCCGCUUCUUCACCGAGAACGAGGGCCUGGACGACUACAUGGAGGCCCGCGAGGGCAUGCACCUGAAGAAUGUAGACUUUAAGGAGUACAUGAUUGCCUAUUCAGACCUGGACCACCUGCCCUGGUACGUGUCCAACUACGUGUUCUGGGCAGCCGCUGCCUUCACCUUCUCCUGGCCGCUGCGUGUGCUGACCGAGUACCGCACAGCCUACCUCCACUACCAUGUGGAGAAGCUGUUCGGCUUCGACUGUGUCCCUGUCACACCGUCCGAGGAGCGACCAUACUGCCACCACAUCCCUAGGGUCAACACCAUCGAAAGCACUGAGCUGGAGUGGCACAUCCGCUCCAACCAGCAGCUGCUGCCCAGCUAUUCCGAGGCUGUGCUCAUGGACCUUGCUCAGCUUUCCUCAGGUGGCGGCAGCAAUGCCAACACCUACUCGGUGUGCGGCAGCUAUGGCAGCUACCGACAGAACUGCGAGCGCUGCCACUGCACCAUCAGCAGCUCAUCCAUCUUCUCGCGCAGUGCUCUGAGCAUCUGCAAUGGGACUAGCCCACAUAUCCCCUUCAGCGCCAGCCAUUUCUCAUUGUCGCGGCUGUACGGCUCGCGGCGCAGCUGCUUGUGGCGGAGCAGCGGCAGCCUCAACGAGACGUCGUGCCCCACAGAGAGCACGCGCUGCCUGACACCGUCGGACCAGCCAGCUAGUGAGGAGAACCCGCCGGACUACCAGGAUGCACUCUACUUCCCCGUGCUCAUUGUGCACCGCAACGAGGGCUGCCUGAACCAUUCGCUGCACAUGAACGGAUCCUGUGUGGAGACCACCCUAUGACUCCCACCUAGUCUAGACCUGAACAAGGCAUGUAAUGUCACUGUCCUUUCUCUCUGGAGGUUGAUGACUGAAUAAUAGAUCUUUUUUUCCCUUCCAGGGCAGGCUUACAUGGAUCUAUUUUUCCCCCCAAUUGGACCACAGAACGACACACCAAUGGCAUUCCGGACCCCUUCCAGACCUCUUUCAACACAGUUUGUCAAAGACAAACUCCAUACAGUACUGGAUUAAAUGCACCUUUUGGAUGCUCACUCCACCUUUCCAAUACCUUCCCUUGUAGCCCAGCCCAUCUCAAAUAAGGUGCAUGAUAUGAUAUGUUCCUCGUAGUAAGUAAUAGACAAUGUAACUAUCUCAAAGAAUGUUUGAAAAAACGACAUUCACAAGCAUAGUCAGUCUGAGACAAAUGGACUUAGUGUUCUGAGAAUGAUGUUGCACAACACCACCAUUCUGGACCAAUCA